AUGGCACAGCAGGACACAAGCUGCACUCCAGAAGCGCUGAGAAACACCACUGCACAUUUGGCAUGCAAGCAGAUGGAUGAUGAAGUCAGGGAAGAGACCCAUUACCCAGAUGGAAAGACUGAGUGGAUGUUUGCCAGCGGCCGCCGUAUCGUCGCAUUCACCAAUGGGACAAAGAAGGAGAUAAGUGCCGAUGGGAAGUCUAUCACGAUCAGGUUCUUUAAUGGAGAUGUCAAAUGUGUCCUGGCUGAUGAGAAAGCGGUUUACUACUAUGCCAACACUCAGACCACUCACAUCACUUACCCAAGUGGCCUAGAGGUUCUCAAGUUCCCAAACAAGCAGAUAGAGAAACACCACCCCAAUGGUACAAGAGAGAUCAUUUUCCCCGAUGGGACAGUGAAGCAUAUCUACCCAGAUGGCCGUGAGGACAGCGUUUUUCCAGAUGGCACCGUGGUGAAACUUACAGGGAAUGGGGAGAAGACGGUGGAGUUCCCCAAUGGCCAAAAAGAGAUCCACACAGCAUGGUUCAAGAGACGGGAAUACCCAGAUGGCACCACGAAGACCAUCUACACAAAUGGAAGACAGGAGACAAAGUACUCCUCAGGCAGAGUACGCAUUAAAGACAAGGGUGGCAUGAUUAUCAUGGACCGGAAAUUAAACUAAUAGGUUGAAGUUUGUAUAAAAUUUCAAGGUUGGUAUAAAUUUUUACCUAAUAGUAACAGAAAAAUCAAAUAUGGGGAGAAUUUUCCAUAGUGUUGGCUGUAAUUAUGACUUUAUUC